UUGAGCUUCUUUGUGAGCUUCUAAAAUAAGGCCAUCAUUAAAGUAAUGGAGCAAAAAAACUUUUCUCUUCUGUUCUUGUACAGAGAGUUCAAACCACACAUUUUCAUGGUCCUAAGCCAAGUGGGUUAUACCUUCUUAUAUUUUAUCACUGAAGCAUCCUUCAAUCAUGGAAUGAGUCCUUACGUCUAUGUUACUUAUCGCCAUGUUGUGGCUGGCGUUGUUAUGUUCCCCUUUGCGUACUUUUUAGAGAGAAAAAUAAGACCAAAGCUGACGUGUUCUCUUUUUAUGGAAUUUUUUGUGCUUUCAGUGUUGGGGAUAAGUUUGACUCUCAAUGUGUACUUUGCAUGCCUGAGGGACACUUCUCCAACCUUUGUUGCUUCCGUGAUCAACACCAUAGCUUCCCUUACCUUCAUUAUUGCAGUGGUACUCAGGUUUGAGGUUGUUGAUCUUCGAAAUCCUCAUGGUAUAGCAAAAGUUAUUGGGAGUUUGAUAUCUUUAGCUGGUGUUAUGAUGAUAACACUAUACAAGGGACCUAUUAUGAAAGAUUUGUGGCGUCCUUUAAUACAUAUUCAACCAAAAAGUGGUCCUAUCAAUGAUAGUGGGUUAAAGGGUUCACUUCUUACAGUUGCAUGUUGUUUUACAUGGUCUUUAUGGUACAUUAUGCAGGCAUCCACUCUGAAAAGAUACCCUGCUCAAUUGUCACUCACUACAUGGAUGUGCUUCAUUGGAGCAGCGCAAUCAGCUCUUUUCACAGCCAUAGCAGAACAUAAUAACCCUUCAGCUUGGAUUAUAGGCCUCAACAUUGACUUGUGGUCCACAAUAUAUGGUGGAAUUGUUGUUGGUGGUUUGUUGAUUUACAUUCAACUAUGGUGCACUGAGAAAAAAGGGCCAGUUUUUGUCACACUGUUUAACCCUCUUUCUACCAUAUUUGUGACAAUUCUAGCAUACUUCGUCCUCGGUGAAAAACUUUAUUUGGGCAGCAUCAUAGGUUCAUUUAUUGUCAUCAUUGGUCUGUACUUGUUACUAUGGGGGAAAGAAGGUGACAAAGAGGUUGAUUUCAAAACCAAAGGUAUAUUGCAGCAAAAUAAUGAAGACCUAGAAUGCAGAAUAUAGGACAGUAGAUUUAGCUGGUAAGGUUUGAAGUGUACAUCCAAGUGAGAAUAGAAUAAAUUUUGUAGAUCAUGAAGAUUUGUAGGCUUAUUCUGGCUAUACAUUUUGUGCAAAAUCAAGGCUUCAUAAAUUUUAUUUUAAGCUACCUUUUUUACAUGACAA